CUCCCCCCUCAGCAGCCCCUCAGAGGAGCUCGUGUGAGGAGCAUGGAGGAGCGCAGCUUUGAGAGCAGCGAGAUCAUGAGCAGCCUGGUAGAUGGAGCUCAGCAGAAGCCGAUCCGCCUGAUCGCGGCUGCGUGUAGUAACCUGGGCAUAGGCAAGAACGGACGGCUUCCGUGGAACAUUCCGUCAGAGUUUCAGUUCUUCUUGGACACCAUCACAGCCGUGAGCCAACCAGGGAGGAAGAACCUGCUGGUCUGGGGCAGAUGUACCUGGUUCUCUUGCCCAGAGGGUGUUUUGCCCCUGCCCAAUACCCUCCAUGUGAUUCUGAGCAAAAAGCUGAGGUCUGUCCCAAAACUCACCCACUACCUGUGUGAGGAUUUUGAUGGGAUGAUCCGCUUGGCCUCCCUGCCCCCCCUCAAUGACCUGGUAGAGACCAUCUGGGUCUUAGGGGGAACCGAAGUCUACAGGGAAGCUAUGGAGCAUCCAUGGUGUGAUCUUAUCUACCUCACCAACAUUAUGGCAGACUUUGACUGUGAUGUUUUCUUCCCGAAUUUUGACAAGAAUAUUUACAGGAAACAAAGCAGGUUCCCUGGUGUCCCAGAUGAGAUUCAAGAGGAAAAUGGCAUUAAAUUUCAAUUUCAAGUCUUUAAGAAGGAGUGCUGACCAAGAAGCAACAAUAAGCAGAUAGGGGGGCUGUUUUUGGCUUUGGGCACACUAAGUUAAUGACUCAGGGAAGUUUUGUAUCUAGUGUUUUUUAUAUUUUUAGUAAUUGUACCUAAUUUUGCACUAAAAAAUUCUGCUAGUCAUACUUUCUGAUUUCAUACUGUCAAAAGCCCAGAAACCAUGACAGGGAGAGGCCAUUUCUAACCAGUCAGAAUAGUUUCUAAUAAUUUGCGUAUUUAUUACAUAAAUAGUAUAUGUAGCACAAAAAGAUUUCUUAUAACAGCAACAUUAUGCUGUUCUGCAAUUUGUAUAAAGAUUCUAAUUUGACUGUACCAAGACAAUGUUUGAAGACUUCUUAUCUCAUCUUGAGUUUCAGAAGUAGAUGUAUUGCAUAACAAAUCACAUUCCACAUGACUGGACACAGCAGAUGGGCAAACAGGAACGAGUGCCAGUGACGAGCGUGUCAUCUCUCACAAUGAAAGAUACAACAGUUUGUGACCACUCACCAGACCCACUGUUACUCAUCCCACCACGUCACCAUGGUUACACAACAAAGAUAAAUCAGACCAGCAGAGGGACGAGAGACAGUGGGACUCCUGCCUUUCUUGGCCCCGAACACAUGAAUUGUAUUAAUAGACCAUCUGCUGUGUGAAGGCAGUAGAUCUAUGCCAUCCCUCUCUCCACCACCCUAAAGACAUUAAUGAAUUUAAAAUAAAAAUGUUAUUGUUUGGUUUCUGCACUGGCUACUAAUCAAUGACCUUCAUAAUGUGCAUUGAUUAGCUGUGAUGGAAUACAUGUUUGACUGGAUAUCUACAUGCUGACCAUCAGGUAAAGCCAAAACCCUUUGCUUAAUAUAGAAUGGGUUACUGUAAUAUGCUAAUGCUACUUUUGUCUAGCAUGGUAAUGCGUUUGCCCUGAUGAGGAAACAGAAAGCCCUAAAAGUGUCAACUAAAAUUGGUGCAUCCCUGUUUGAAAUGAAUCAUGUGCUUUCCAAAGAACAUUGAUAAAAACUAUAUUCUA